CAGCAUUUUUAAUUUUGUUUUGUGUCUCUGUAUCUGAACAGGGAAGCAAGUCCAGAUAAAGCUGUCUCAGGCGUUUAACCACUGGCUCGAUGUCCCGGAAGACAAGCUGCAGGUGAUCAUGGAGGUGGUGGAGAUGCUCCACAAUGCCAGCCUCCUGAUCGAUGACAUUGAGGACGGCUCCAAGCUCCGGCAUGGCUUACCCACGGCGCACAACACUUACGGCAUCCCGUCGGUCAUUAACUCGGCAAACUACGUCUACUUCCUCUGCCUGGAGAAGGUGCUGACACUGGAGCACCCAGAGGCUGUGCGUGUCUUCACCUGCCAGCUCCUGGAGCUGCACCAGGGCCAGGGCCUGGACAUCCACUGGAGGGACACCUACACGUGCCCCAGCGAGGCAGAGUACCAGUCCAUGGUCCGCCAGAAGACGGGCGGCCUUUUCGGCCUGGCCGUGGGCCUCAUGCAGCUCUUCUCCGGCUGGACCUGCGACCUCAAGCCCCUUCUGGACACGCUGGGGCUCUUCUUCCAGAUCCUAGAUGACUACGCCAAUCUGCACUCCCGAGAGUACACCGAGAACAAGAGCUUCUGCGAGGACCUGACCGAGGGAAAGUUCUCGUUCCCCAUCAUCCAUGCCAUCCGCUCGAAGCCUGAAAGCACCCAGGUGCAGAACAUCCUGCGGCAACGCACGGAUAACGUGGACGUCAAGCGCUACUGCAUGGACUACCUGGAGAAGGCUGGCUCGUUCAAGUACACCCGGCAGACCCUGCAGGACCUGGAGGCCGUGCGAAAACUGCGAUCAAUCCCACACUCUUUCCGAUGGAUUUAUAGUCAAUUUUGUUCGGCUCACGUUUGA